GGUUUAGUCUUAAUUCCUCGCCGUCGCUGUAAUCUCUGCAAUAGAAGCGAUGCAGUGACUAGCGCAUCAACUCUGUCCCAGCCAUGUGCUUGCGAGAGGGAUUUUCAGAUUUAGUACUAUGAAAGGUGGACACUGAUGUGCAAACAAGAGGGUUUAAGAGAGCACGGCGCAAGAUGAAGGCACCAAUGCAGCAUGGGGUGGCAGUGUUUUUAGUCAUUACCAUGUGUACCAGCUUGUUUUUUGUGUACAACAGCAGCUCCCACCAAGCCCCGCAUCAUCCACAGAGAAAGGAACCAAAGCCCAGGAAUAUUACCGCUAAGCCACAAAAGAUAAUCGUAACACCAGCUUUACAGGGAUACAUCAGCAUCAUAGAUCACAAGCCUCUGAAAAUGCAUUGUAGUAGCUGUGCACUGGUAACAAGCUCUGGACAUCUUAUUGGGAGCAACCGUGGAGCCGAGAUAGACCAGACCGAAUGUGUCCUCCGAAUGAAUGACGCGCCGACAAGCAACUACAGGAAAGACGUGGGUCAGAAGACCAGCCUGCGAGUCAUUGCACAUUCCAGCAUGCAGCGGAUAGCACAGAACCACAACGAGCUUUUAAACAUGAGUCAGGACUCGCUGUUCAUUUUCUGGGGACCCAGUAACUAUAUGAGGCGGGACGGGAAGGGUCUGGUCUACAACAACCUGCAGGUGAUAAAGCAGAUGCUGCCCAAGCUGAAAGUGGCCAUCAUAUCACGACAGAAGAUGCAGCAGUUAGACGAACUCUUCAAAAAAGAAACUGGCAAGGACAGGAGGAUUUCAAACUCUUGGCUCAGCACAGGCUGGUUCACCAUGACAAUAGCCCUGGAGCUGUGCGACAGAAUAAAUGUCUAUGGUAUGGUUUCACCUGACUUCUGCAGGCAGCCUCCUCCUCUUUCAGUACCUUAUCAUUACUACGAGCCUUCAGGACCCGAUGAAUGCACAAUGUACCUCUCACACGAACGGGGGCGCAAGGGCAGCCAUCACCGUUUCAUCACAGAGAAGCGAGUUUUUGCCAAAUGGGCACAGACUUUCAAUAUUCACUUUUACCAGCCAAACUGGAGCCCGAAAUCUGACAACCAGACGGUAAUUCAGACAGUAAUUGUGCCAACUUCAUGAAGGACACUCGGCUGCGUUAUCGCUUUGUAUCCCUCUAACAACAGAAAUGCCACUGGAUUGUGUGAAUGGGAGCUCUCACACAAUGCCCCAUCUGUGUUUUUACUAAUCUGUCAAGCUCAUUCUCUAAUCAGAUGACAUUUGAAAAAAAAAAAAUUUUUAUGGAAAUUCAUGGGACUGAAAUAUACAGAUGAACUCAAUUCCACAUCUAUUUGGCCUUUGGAACCAGUUUGUUUUUGUAUAAUUUCACAUCUUUCAAUUGGAAUCUUUUAGACCAUGUAACGUUGUUGUUUUUUUCAACCAAGAAGCAAAAUAGAUGUAAUUAGUUUGCAGGUGAUUAAUGGUGCUCAAUUUAUUACCCUUUUAGGCUGUCUGCACCAAUAUAGCCAUUUGAUGUAUUACAGCUGUGAGGAUACUUGUUUUGCUUAUUGUGUAACUGCCUUUGCGAAGUGAUAUAUAUCCCCAGGGUUAAAAUAAUUUAAAAAAAUCGCAAGGAGGGUCUAUCAUCCUCUUUUCUGGUGAGAGUCGGGUCUCAAGUCAGUGCCUGCAACUGCCGAAAAUAGUUUCCACCACACAAAAAAAUAGCUCAAUUAUGUAUGCUAAUAAUUGUCCAAAUUUUAAGUACACACUAAAAAAAAGGGAAAGUGAGAUUCAAAUUCUGCACAUAACAUAUGAAUAUGAACCAUGGAGCCCUUUUCUGAAAAUUGGGUUUAACAUUUUUGUUUAGGUUUGUUGCUCAUAAGGGACAGAAGAAAGGCACAGAGGUGAGCCUCACACCAGCCCAGUUUAGCAUUCUGAUCAUUUACCAAUUUGCUGCUUGCAGAGAUGGCAAUGUAAUUUAACAAGUUAUCUUUUUCAUGGUCACGAGGAUUCAAACUGAAUAAAAAUCUCUCCCCUGGGUUGUUGAAUGGUGUAGUUAGGAUACAUACCAUUUGUAUGGGGAGGGAUUAUGCCAUACUAAUAAGAGGUGAGAGGCACCAGGCAUGGCUAGAUAGCAAAAUGCUUUUAUCCAGCUGCCAAAUACAUAUGUAAAAUGUAUAAUGAGGUGAAAUGAUGCCCACAAACUUAAUUACCUCAGUUAAGCAACCUGAGCAUGGCAUACAAGCAAAUUCAUGGAUCUUAUGAAUAUACAACAUGGAAGCAAACAAUAAGUUCAACCAGCAGAGAAAUCGCAUACUGGUAAGUGGUGAAUUUGGACAUAGCAUGUGCUGUCACUUCAUAGGUCAUCAUGAUGACCCUGGAAAUGUUCAAAGAACAUGAAACGUAGCCAAUUCUAGAAAAAGGGCAUCCCCCAUAGAUUCCUUACGUGCAACAAACGAACGUAAAAUGGCAUUUUCAUCUUGCAUUUCUGGCACGGAGGGUGCAAUAUAUACUUUAUAGAUAUUCAUAAAGACACAUCAAUUUGGCACUUCAAGCAGUGUGAUUAAUGGGGCAGCAAACCACUGUCAAAACACAUGCUGUGCAAUGCAAAGGAGGAAAUAAGUUUUCAAUUACUUACAUAUAGGAGUUCCCUGCAAUUCCAUAUGCUCUGAGCUUUCAGAACCAAACACAUAAUUAACGAGUCAACAAAAAUGAAAUGUCAUGUAAAUACUGUAGAUUAAUGAGACUCCAGUCAAAUGAUAAACGAUCUGCCAGGCUUUCGUGUCUGCUCUUUUAUUAAACAAAUUCUACCUAAUAAAUGAGAGCAACACCAUUCAUAUCCACCAUUAGGGAACAUUCACAGCAGUUACAUUACACUCCUGUUGGUAGAUAUAUAAUCUGAACCAUGCCGUCAUAAUAAAACAAAUGCUGAUAGCAGCUGUAAAAAAGAGAAUUACAAUUUUACUAAAAGCAUAAAAAACAAAGCCUAUUCAAGGCAUUACUGUCAUGGUAGUUACGAUCUGUACUCCAAACAAAUCACUUGUUUGAAUAGGUUCUGCCCAAAUGUAUUUGGAAUGGAGAUCUAAAAGGUGCAGCACUUAGAAAAAUAAAUGCGAACACAUGUCAAUGCUAAAAAGCAAUAAAACAAAAUGCAAUAUUGUGUUGGGCUUUAGGAAGAUAUGCAAUUACUAGUGUGUUCAUAAGAUGUUAAGAAUGUUUUAUUCCUUAAAUGCCAGCUUUCAUCUAGGGUCAAAGUAGAUAAUGUUUGAUCUAAUUACAUGUGUUGAUUGCUAAAUAUGGUCCUAUAUUUAAGUAAGGACUAUUUUUCAUCUAUUUGUUUUAUAUGAACACAAUAGUAAAUGCACAAGUACACAUCUUGCUUCCUAAAGUCCAAGCCUAGAGAUAACUUUUCAUGGGUGAGUCUAAAAAUAAACCCUAAGGCAAAAUUAUAUUGAAUUCCUCUAUUACUCAUAGUUUCUGUAGGUCCUGUCUGGACUUUUUAAUAAAAGUUCCUACUCAUCAUUCAAGGAGUGGGCUACAUUCCAAUUGCCGUGGGAAAAAAAAACAAGGUUACCCAAUCAGGCAGGUUUUGUUAUUUCAUCAUACUGCAACUUUAGGAUCAGAAAUCCAUAUAUUUAUCUUUUGUUAAAAAUUAAACUCUAUAUAAUUAUUAUUAUUUAUUUAUUAGUAGAUGCCCUUACCCAGGG